GACGACGAUGUACUUAGUUUAUUUAUCGACAGCAGUCAAGACAAGCAGUCAGUUCGGUUGAGACAACGAUGUUAAAAAUAUUAAAAUAUAGAUUUGUAGCUUUGUUAAGCUUUGCUUGUCUGCUGGUGAGCUUAGAAGGUUGUGCGGCUAAACGCAUAAAUCGUUCCUUCACAAUCGAUCAUGAGAACGAUACAUUCUUAAUGGAUGGUUUGCCGUUUCGUUACGUCUCGGGAUCGUUUCAUUAUUUUCGUGCCUUGCCACAAGUAUGGGAAGAACGUUUAAAAACAAUGCGUGCUGCCGGUUUGAAUGCUAUCGAUACCUACAUUGAAUGGUCACUGCAUAAUCCACACGAUGGCUCCUACAUUUGGGAUGGCAUUGCCGAUAUUGAACGUUUUCUAGAAUUAGCCCACAGCAUUGGUUUCUAUGUAGUACUGCGUCCUGGGCCAUAUAUCUGCGCAGAGCGUGAUAAUGGUGGUCUACCCCAUUGGCUCUUCACUAAGUAUCCCGAAAUUAAAGUGCGUACUAGUGAUCCGAAUUAUCAGUUGGAGGUAAGCAAGUGGUAUGCCCAAUUAAUGCCACGUCUACAAAGAUAUUUCUAUGGUAAUGGUGGACCAAUUAUAACGGUACAAAUAGAAAAUGAAUAUGGCGCUUUCUAUGCUUGCGAUGCGAAACAUUUAAUUUGGUUACGUGAUGAAACUGAAAAGUAUGUACGUGGUAAUGCGGUGCUCUUUACCACGGACCAACCAAAUGAGGGUUUAAAAUGUGGCAAGAUAGAAGGUGUACAUGCCACAGUGGAUUUCGGUAUAGGUUCGAAUUUCGAUCAGCAAUGGGCUGCAAUGCGCAGUGUUCAGCCUACAGGGCCGCUAGUGAACUCGGAAUUCUAUCCCGGUUGGUUAACGCAUUGGAGCGAGGAGAAUCAAAGACGUGAUGGCAUGGAGGUGGCGAACUCAUUAAGACGAAUGCUCGAAGCUGGUGCAAGUGUGAACUUCUACAUGUUCUUUGGUGGCACAAACUUCGGUUUUACGGCUGGUGCUAAUAAUUAUGGCAAAGACUAUGUAGCUGAUAUUACUUCCUACGAUUAUGAUGCUGUGAUGGAUGAGGCGGGUAAUAUUACUGAGAAAUUCGCGCUGAUACGCAAAGUCAUUAGCGACUUUAUUGACGUGCCACAUGAAGAUGCUUGUAAUGGUUGCAUAACGACACAACGUUACGCUUACGGCAAGGUGUCAUUGAAACCCAUAACUACUUUACUUUCCAAGACAGGACGGACUACAUUAGGACAUGGCGAACCGAUAAAAUCCGAAAAGCCAUUAACAUUUGAGAAUCUCGAUCAGUAUUCCGGUUUAGUAUUGUACGAAACAGAGUUGCCACAUUUAGAAAUCGAUCCGACUGUGCUUACAGUCAAUGAAUUGCAUGAUCGUGCUUUUGUAUUUGUCGAUAAUGAGUUGGUUGGCACGCUAUCGUGUAAAAAUAAUAUUUCCUCAUUGCCACUAAGCAAAGGUUGGGGUAGUCGUCUACAAAUAUUGGUCGAAAACCAAGGUCGCAUCAACUAUGAAACGUUAAACGACACAAAGGGUAUUUUAGGUGCAGUAACUGUGGAACGCUUUAAUGGUGAAAAAAUGGAGCUUAAAAAUUGGCUUACCACAUCAUUUCCAUUGGAAAGUGAAAUGAUAUUACCAAUAAUAGGAGCAUACAAAAAAGAGCGCGCAUCUGUUGAUGUUAUGACGAAGGGAAAAAUUCUGAGAAAUGGACCAGUUGUAUUUCUAGGCGAAUUCAAAGUUGAAAAGCUCGGUGACACCUAUUUCAACCCAACGGGCUGGGGUAAAGGUGUAGUUUAUGUAAAUGGAUUUAAUUUGGGACGCUAUUGGCCAUUGGUUGGACCACAAUUAACGCUCUAUCUUCCAAAAGAUUUAUUGAAAGUUGGUAAUAAUAGUCUGGUGUUGUUGGAAUAUCAGCGAGCAAAUUUAAAUGACGAAAAUGGCGAAUACACCGUAACCCUCGACGAUCAACCACAAUUGGAUAGAAAUGGUGGUGUUUAAAAAAGAUAGUGUUAAAAGUUUUUGUAUUUUAAAUAGUUUGUUGUUAAAAUUUGUGUGUAAUUUUGUAUG